AUGGCAGGAGGACUGGAGACCCCGAAGACCUAUGUUCCUUUGACGUGCCAUGGCCACUCAAGACCCGUUACGCACAUCAACUUCUCUUCUAUCGGCCCAGAAGGCGAAUACUACAUGAUUUCUGCUUGCAAAGACAAUAAUCCUAUGCUCCGUGAUGGCGUCACCGGAGAUUGGAUUGGAACCUUUUUCGGACAUAAAGGCGCUGUCUACCAGGCUCGACUCUCUCCGGAUACGCAGUAUGCUGCUACAGCUUCUGCAGAUUUCACCGCCAAAAUAUGGGACACCCAUUCUGGCGAAGUUACCUACACCCUCCAGCAUCACCACAUUGUCCGUGCCGUCGCAUUUCCUCCUCACUCUGGCAACCUUCUUGCGACAGGUGGUAUGGAAAAGAAGCUUCGAAUCUUCGACCUCGACCGAGUCGACACCUCUGCACCCGUGAACGGCAAUAGCUUGAUGAACGGAAAUGCGAAUGGCGCAUCAGACCACAAGACGAUAACUGCUGAUAUGGGCUUCGAAGUUGGCGCAGGAGUCCAUGGCGGAAUGAUCAAGUCUAUCGUCUGGACUCAAGACCCGAACAUCCUUGUUACGGCAGCAGACGACAAAGUCAUCCGUUGGUGGGAUCUUCAGAGCCAGUCUGUAGUGCAGGAGCAGGUCGUCCAGGGUGACAUUGGCUCCUGUGAAUUCACAAACAUCAAGGGCGAGCCAGGUGAUAUUGGUGGUGGUCUUCCAAUCCUGACGAUUGCUGCAGGCAAGAUGGUAUACUUCUAUGGCGGACCUGAUGCUCGGACGUUGAUCAAGAGUAUCCCUCUACCGUAUGAAGUUGCAAGUGUUGCUUUACAUCCAAUUGAGAAGAAGUUUGUCACUGGUGGCAUAAAAGAUACCUGGGCCAAGGUGUACGAUUAUGAUACCGAGCAGGAAACCGACCUACAUAAAGGCCACCACGGCCCCAUCUGGAGCAUCAGUUUCUCCCCAGACGGCAAGCUUUACGCUACAGGGAGUGAGGAUGGCACGAUCAAGAUGUGGAAAAAUUGUCAAGGCUCUUUUGGCUUGUGGCGCGCACAAGACUAG